GAAAAUUAACAAAAAGGCGCAGUACUUCAAACGAAAGCCGAGCAGACAACUCAUCACAACUCAUCUCCAUCAAAAGUCCAGCUAAGUUCCCGACUCCCCCUUCCGGCUUCUCCUCCGGCAAGCGCCAGCACGCAGCACGGCAACACCGCAACUCCGCCAGGCACCAGCACCGCAGCGCGUCUCGUCGCUCGUCGCCUACUAGCCUCAAUUCCGUCGACCUUCGGCGGUUCGGCCAUUCCGCCCUUCUCAAUAGUCACCUUCCAUAGUUCCGUUUGGAGCUGGAAAUAUCGAGGUUUGGUCUGCUAUACUUGUUUUGAAUAACGGCUAUAGACAAUGUCCUUGGGCUUCCAAGUUGCUGCAUUGGUGGGCGCACCUUCCUGCCCCAAUGCUAUUGCUUGGUCAGAGGAAAAUUUGGUAGCCGUGGCUUCAGGUCAUCUUGUUACUAUUCUGAACCCUGCUAAGCCAUUUGUAGCUCGUGGACUAAUUACAGUUCCUACCAGCAAGCCCUUUCAAAUUGGGCUGGUUGACAAGGAAGACUUGACAUCUGAUUGUUUAUUGCCUAUUUGCAUAUCACGAGACAUUCACCCUUGUGUUAGGUCAAUUUCAUGGUCUCCUAUUGGAUUUGCCUCAAAUGCCAGCUGCUUUCUUGCCAUAUGCACCACCGAGGGGCGUGUGAAGGUUUACCGCAUGCCUUUCUGUGAGUUUAGAGUUGAGUGGAUAGAGUAGGUAGUGGAUAUAUCCGAGAUGCUUUACACUUAUCUAGAAAAUGCCAAUUUUGAGGAUGCGAGCAUAUCUUCUAAUAUUUCAUAUGUAAGUGGAUUACAGGAUCAAACCGAUGACUUCCACCACGUCAAGUAAGGGUACGUUUGGAAUCUUUGGAUCAUAGAAAUUGCUAGGAAAAAGAAAAAAGACAACUGAUGCCUGUGAUAACCAAGAAUUUGAAGAAGACAUGACGUUAUCUCAUUUCUUGAAAACAAAAAAGCAAAGGAAGCUGAAAGCCUUGACUGUAGUAAACUUCAAAGAUGGUGUGGUGAAAAAAAACACACUGCAUCUCUCUGCCGAAGAAUAUGCAUCUCGUAAUGCAAUGAUAUCUUCACUUACUGUGGCAUGGUCACCCCAUCUACGAUGGAAAAGUGGCUUUUCAGUGCUUGCGGUGGGAGGAAAGUCUGGUAGACUUUCAUUUUGGAGAUUCCAUCAACCACAAUGCUACUCCACAAGGAGCAGUCCUGAAUCAAACCCUGCAUCGUUUUUGGGGUUCCUUCAAGCCCACAACACUUGGAUUACAUCAAUAACAUGGACUUUGAUUGAUUCUGAUGCUUCAAAUCAUCAAGUUAUGCUUUUCACAGGAAGUUGUAAUGGGAGUGUGAAGAUCUGGCGAACAUGCAAUAAAGAACUUCAGGAAUCUUCAGACAUCAGUCAUGUUUCAUUCUCUCUUCUAAAAGAGGUCACAAACGUAGAUUGUGGACCGGUUUCUGUGCUCUCAGUCAUAGUGCCUUUAGAUUCACCAAGCAAAAUUUCUUUAGCUAUUGGGAAAGGAUCAGGAACAGUUCAUGUGUGGAUUUGUGAGAUGUGUAGCAGCACAUUCAAGAAAGUUGGAUCUUACCGUGGACAUGAUCAUAUUGUCACGGGUCUGGCCUGGGCUUUUAAUGGACACUGCCUUUACAGCUGCAGUCAGGAUAACACCCUUUGCAGCUGGAUAUUGAUGGAAAAUUACCUACACCAAGUUUCUAUUCCCCCAAACACCCUUGGAAUGAUGAGUUCUGCUGAUAUGCCUACUGCUUUUGAUUCAUGUUGCGGUCUUGCAGUAUCACCGGGAAGUCUUGUGCUUGCUGUGGUACAUGGCUAUGACACUGAACUAUUAAACCCAAUGUAUGAGGCAAGGUCUUGUAAAGCUGCAAUAGAGUUCUUGUGGAUUGGAGGGCAGCAUCUAGAUCCCAUCUCUGAUAUACUUCCAGAUUCCUCCGAGAGAGAAAUGACAUGUUUGGAAACUAAUAUACUAUGGUCACUACAGCAAUUCAAUCAUAAUCGGCUAGAUAAGCCUUUGAUAAUGUGGGACUUUGUAGCAGCACUUCUGGCCUUCAAUCAGUCUAAUCCAAAAUGCGUAGAAAAUAUACUAUUAAAAUGGUUGGCGUCAGUACUUGGAGGGCCCCAAUGUGACAUUUCUACAGUAUUAUCUCAAGCCUCCUCUAGGUAUCUCCCGAGAUUGGCAUCCCGAACGUUACAACUAUUCAAUGUGAUAACCAGACAGGUAGUGUUAAAGAUGGAUGAUGAUAAAGACCUUGGUGGAGUGGAACUGUGGGACAUGUGGAAGAAGGUGCACAUAGAUGUUGAAAGAGAAUUAAGGGAUCGGCUUGUCGGGUUUAGCCUUUCUGUUAUUUCAUCAAAUAUCGUGUCUGGUUGUGAUGAAGAGGAUAAUGUUUGUAGGAUUGAAGGUUGGGUUCCUAUAGGAUUAGCACAAAUGGAGAGGUGGGUUGAUUUCAACAAAGCUGAUAUGAAAGAGAAUCUGAUGCGUCUUGCGGAAAAUGUGGAGAGAACAAAAAAAAGAAGAUUAAACUCCAUCUACACAAUGCAAGAGGAGUGCAGCUUCUGCUCAGCAUCGGUUCCAUUAGACUCUCCAGAAUUUGCAUUUUGUCAAGGAGAGAAGACCAGCGAAUCAGAGACUCGCGGUCCAAGCCAUAAACUACCCCGCUGCUCCGUUUCCAUGCUGGUCUGCCCUCCAACCACUCCUCCAUGGCAUUGCGUGUGUUGUAAGCGCUGGGCUUCACAACUAGCUCCUUCAACCCUUUUCACACUGCCAGAAUAUCCAUCAGAUUUUGAACCUUUUAUCCAUCAGCAGCGUUCUUCUACACAUCCAACGAAGCCUUGGUGCCCUUUUUGUGGGAUUCUUUUGCAGAGGUUGCAACCAGAGUUUCUGCUCUCUCCAACUCCGGUAUAACUAGACUGUAUGUUUUGGUAGUAGAGUUUAGGUAGCUACUUUGUAGGUAGGAUCUAAUGUAAUUAUGUAUGUAACCAUUUUUACUAACAUAUGUAAGAAUUAGUCAUUACUCCCGAUUAAAUAAAUAAAUAAAUUAUUGGUUGAAUUCAAUGACA